AAAGAGCUGAGAGAUGAUGGAAAGAAUAAGAAAAGAGAUGAUCCUGAUGGAACGAGGGCUGCACAGCCCCACGGCUGGCAAAAGGCUGGCGAAUUUGUCCGACUCGGCUGGCAACGUGGUAUUGGAGGCCCUCGAAAAUUCGCCCCACGGCGGCCGCCUGAGCCCGAGACUGACUUCCGCUUCUCUGCACACCUCUUUAGGGGACAUCCCUGCCAAAGGGAAAUUCGAAAUAGACACUUUAUUCAACCUUCAGCACCAGAGCAGCGAAAGCGGCGUCGGCGUCGCCACCUCGGAGCUGCCUCCCUCGGAAGGGAGGAAGAAGAUUAGCCAUUACUCAGAAGUUGCUCAAGAGGCAGAUAUGAACAGCGACGUGGAGGUGGGCUGCUCUGCGCUCCGCUCCCCCGCCAGCCUCACUUCCUCCCAGCUGAAGGAAAACAAUAACAAAGGAUAUUCCGAGAGCAGCUCCACGCCCAGCACCACCACCUCGUCCUCGGGUUCCAGUUUAAGCAGCCUUCACGGCGGCAGCGCCUUGGGGAACUCCAGCUCCGGAGCGGAUCAAGUGCGGAGGUACCGCACCGCCUUCACCCGGGAGCAGAUCGCUCGGCUGGAGAAGGAGUUCUACCGGGAGAACUAUGUCUCUCGGCCCAGGAGGUGCGAGCUGGCCGCGGCUCUCAACCUGCCGGAGACUACCAUCAAGGUGUGGUUCCAGAACCGACGGAUGAAGGACAAGAGGCAGCGGCUGGCCAUGUCGUGGCCCCACCCGGCGGACCCCAGCUUCUACACGUACAUGAUGACCCACGCGGCGGCCACGGGGAGCCUGCCUUACCCGUUCCAUUCCCACGUGCCCCUGCACUACUACCCGCACGUCGGGGUGACGGCGGCCGCGGCCGCUGCUGCGGCGUCGGGGGCCACCGCCUCACCUUUCGCCACCUCCAUCCGCCCUCUGGACACCUUCCGCGCCCUCUCGCACCCUUACUCCCGGCCCGAGCUGCUGUGCAGCUUCAGACACCCGGGCCUGUACCAGUCGCCCGCCGCAGCCGCCGCCGCCGGCCUCAACAGCAGCGCCGCCGCCUCGGCCGCUGCAGCUGCAGCCGCGGCCGCAGCCGCCGCAGCCUCGACGGCUCCUCCGGCCGGCUCCGCGCCCUGCUCCUGCCUCAGCUGCCACAGUAGCCAGUCGGCGGCGGCCGCAGCCGCGGCAGCCCUGGGAUCGCGCGCCUCCGGCUCGGAUUUCACCUGCACCGCGGCCGGAGCGGCGGCGGCGGCCGCCUCGCAGCGCUCGGAGAGCGGCUUCCUGCCUUACUCGGCCGCCGUGCUCAGCAAGACCGCCGUCCCUUCCCCAGACCAGCGGGAGGAGGCCGCCUUGACCAGAUAACUAGCCAGCCCCCCCACCCCGGCGGCCAGUGGGAGGCGCUGUUGAGCCGGGGUGGCCGAGGGCAGAAGAGAACCGUUUUGUACAACGGAGGGGAGGGGAGGGGCGGGCAUACACUGGAACUCUAGCAAAAAGGUGUUGUUUUUUUUAAGUACUAUAAUUAAUAAUUGUUGUUUUGCUGUUGUUCUCAGGGCCCUGAUUUAAAAAGAUGGCUGCUGGGAGAGGGUGGUUGGAGGAGGAAGGUGUGGGGAGCAGCCCCAAACAUACUGGCCUUUUAACAUUCUGUGCUUCCUCUCUCCCCCGCCCCCUCCUCACACCCAACAAGCACCCCCAGUUGUUAGGAUUGGAGAACGAUCGUUUCUAGACAUUCUGCACUCAAUGCACCCGUCCAAGCUACGGAGGGUGCUGCCUCGCUCCCCCUGCUGGCAGCAAUGGGAACUGCUCUUGAGCGCCUCUGACCUGCAGCCGACGGUGGUUAGCACGGCUGGAUACCUAAGCAGCACCUUAUCCUUGGUCCUCUGCAGAAAGGAUGGCUAACCUGUGGCCAGCCCGAGUUGUUGCUGAGCGGCGGGUUAAGCCAGCAUGGCCAAUGGUUGCUCUAGUAGCAGCCAUCUCGAAGGCCGGCGCUUUUGCCAGCGGCGCAACUCAAACGCAUUGUUUGGGCAUCUUUUAAAACAAACCUAUAUAUAUAUAUAAAGUAUAUAUAUAUAUAUAUCAAAGGCAAACCCCAAUUCCUGCAUUUAGUGGGGAUCUGGUUGAGGACGAAGCACACAAACCCAGCAGAAAUUUGCCACAGAGAUGCCUGUGGCGACUGAUGGGCAAAGAAACCCGGUGCUUUAUAGGAGAAGAGGAAGGGGGAAACGCGAUUCUUAUUAUGGUUUCCUUCUGCUCCUGCCCUCUUGAACUGGAAAAGGCUGGCUACUUUCUUCUUAUUCUUUUGGAGGGAGGGCGGUAAACAAAUGAGAAAGCUGAGGGUCGGCCAGUAAAAAGGAAAGGGAGUGUGAGACUGACAGCAAUACUCGUCCAGGAAACAGGGCGAGGGAUUUACGUUCUGUUUUUUAUUAUUAUUUUUUAGCUUCCUGCUUUCCGAGCACCAUAGUCCACAAUUUAUCUGGGAAAUACUUGAAACUUUAUUGGCAGGUGAGGCAUUGCCUCGAAUCACUGACCUUCCGGGUACUUUAGUUUAAAAACAAACAAACGAACGUGUCUUUUUUUUUUUAAUGAAACUUUAAUUUGCAAAGAAAGGACUCAAUCCAAAGGAGGGCGGAAAUAAUGUUUCUCGGCAUUAUUUCGUCACACGCCUUUGGCUCUGACAAACCACCACUGGGGUAAGGGAUGGAGAGACCCAACCCCCUUUUGCUACUUCCUGGAGGGACUUCCGUGAACUUGAAGAAAGGCGCAUAAAAUAAAGAAAAAACACCCGGUGUUACUGCCGUGUCAAUUUUGAUGCUAAUAAUGUGCAGAUUAUGACGAAAAUUGCCAAUCAUGUUCUCUGAUGGACCUCCUUUGAAUGUGGAAUGGGGGGGGGGGAGUUCCCCGCGCGGAGACCUGCUGUCAAGUACUAACAACCCGCUAAGGGAAGUCAUUAGAAGAGACAGAUAAGAGACUUGGAACAUAAAACAUUGUUCUUGGUGCAAAGAAUGUAUGUUAUUUAAUGUUAUAUCUGUUACCUUGGAAGUGAUUCUGCACAAGGAAACCGCGGUUCUUAUCAUCUCAAUUGCCAAUUUUCAUUUUGGUAACGCGGGCGCCCCGGGUAGACUUUUCCUCUGUUCCGUUGAUAUUCCACCAAUGUGAAGAGAGCCUCAUUAAAUCAAACACGGAUAUUUCCAUAAUGCUCCCUGCAGAGCCACUUCACUCUUCACGUAAUGAGAUUUUUCUGAAGAGUUGAAGCCCUCAAAUAACUAGCUAUUGCUUAUUUAGGCCCUGAGUGUACGGUGUGAAAGCAGGGAGACACAAGCCUAUCCAUUCUCGCUAAUUUAUAUAUAUUUCAAAUAAGAGUCCUGAAAUUCUUCUGGUUUUUAAGACACUGGAGUUUUUGGUUUGUUGGUUUGUUUUUUU